UCUAGGAAAAGGCAGUUAAAUAAGAAGGGACUUAUAUUCACUUGGCUUUGCAGUUACAUUUCGUAGUGAGAACUACAACUCCCAUAAUGUCCCACCCACGUCCCAUGUUAAAAACAUCUUGUAUCGUUUACUUAAAACUACGCCUGAAUAUGGCACCAGAGAGCUACAUUUCUCGUACUCCUCAAUGUCCUCCUUCAAAACACAAUUUGCAGCGGUUGCUAUAAAUACAGCCUGUGUUUCAUUUGUAAAGGAAGUACGGUAACUGUUACGAUUAUUGGUCGGAAGAUAUACGAAGAUAAUAUGGCCGUAGAGAUCACAUCCGCGAGACCUUCAUUUUUCGGAGAUAUAGGGUUUUGGGCAGACCGGACAGCCUUACAUGAGGCAGCCUCACAGGGCCGAGCCCUGCAGCUGAAGCAACUGAUCGAUGGCGGGGCAUCUGUCAACAUUGUGACUGUGGACAAUAUCACUCCUCUGCAUGACGCGUGCAUAAAAGGCCAGCUUCAGUGCGUGCGGCUGCUGCUUGAUGCAGGGGCACAGGUGGACAUCAGGACAAUCCAUGGCAGCACACCACUGUGCUAUGCCUGUGCUGCUGGCAGCCCAGAGUGUGCCAAGCUGUUGCUAGACCAUGGAGCCACAGUGAACCCCUCCCUCACUGCCCUCACGGCCUCCCCCCUACAUGAAGCCUGCAUACAGGGUAACUCAGAGUGUGUGAAACUCAUGAUUGACAACGGGGCCAGGUUAGAGGCGUUCGACAUCUACUUUGGAACCCCGCUGCAUGCAGCAUGUGCCAAAGACCACAUAGACUGUGCCAAGGUGUUGCUCAACGCAGGGGCCAGAGUUAAUGCUGCCAGAUUCCAUGAGACAGCACUCCACCAUGCAGCAAAAGUGGAAAAUGUGGAUCUGAUUGAGAUGCUGGUGGAGUUUGGAGGGAAUGUUUACACCAGGGACAACCUGGGGAAAAAACCCAUCGACUACACAAUGCCUGGUUCCCAGGCUGCACUCUGUCUUGAGUUUUAUGAAAACACGCCCAUGAGUCUUAAGCAGCUGAGCAGGAUCUCUCUGAGGAUGAUGUUGGGUUCAAAGGCUUUGGAGAUCAUGCCUAAACUCCAAAUAUCACAGCGCAUCAUCGACUACCUUUGUUACUGCUGAGUAUCCCUCUGGCCA